UCUCCGCGGGCUCCGUGCGCCCAAGCGGAACGGCUCCUUUCGCUGCGCACCAACCGCAAACGCAGAUCGUCAGCCAAAGAUGAAAGAGGUAAAUCACAGGUCACCAAGCAUCGAUCGUCGCACCGGUCACACCAUCCCGCGGCAAGGACGCCGCCGCCUUAUUGCAUACUUAGCGCGAUGAGCGGUCUCCUCACUAACCCCACCAGCCAGCGAGGUCCUCAAGGCACCCAACACACCGGGAUGGCGCUCGCAAAGAAACGCCAGCCGGCCCGGGGCUGCCGUCCACCGGGGCGCGGGGCGGGUCGGGGCCGCGGCGCCACGGAACCCACAGCCCGCCCGCCCCCGAGCUCACCCUCCGUGGAGCCGGAGCUCGCCGGGGUCCCCGGGCCCUUCCGCGCCGCCGCCCGCGAAGCUCAGCCCGGGCCUCGCGGGCCUGGCCGGGGGCGGAGCGCGCGGGGGCCCCGCGUCCCCGGAGCGCGGGAGGCCCGCCCCGCCCGGAGGCCUCGGCGCCGCCACCGGCGGCCUCCGCGCCGCGGCCCGCCCAGCCCGGGAUGUGGCGGCGGCGCGCCGGAAGGAGGAAGCCGGGCGCGCGAGGCCCUCUCCCGGGGGCAAUUGCACAGAGACGCGCGGCCGAACCUGAUGCCGCCAGAUCUCCAUCCGGAAAAACAGACCGCCCCUCUGCUGACAGUCCAGUCCGGGGCAUGCAACUUUGUUGUCGAGGUGCAGGUGAUUAAUACACAACUGACAGAGGCCCGGACAGUUUACUUGCCCUAUAGAGCUGUGACUUCUUAA